CUCCAUCUGUUCUGCCACUCAUUGUCCGACUUGCCUUGCUCUUGUGGAGGAAAAAAAAAUAAAGAUACAGCGCUGGAGGACACUCAGACGCUGAGGACAGAGGCGCUCGGGCUGGAGUUGGAUGCUCUGCCGUACCUGCAGCAAAAUACGGAACGUCGGCCUCGGAUGCAGCUGCUGUGCAAACUUUUUUUAUUUCUCAGUGUCAACUUCUGUUUUCCAAUCUGCUUUUUAAGGAUUUAACUUUGUGGAAAUGAGCUACUUCCCUUUCUUCAUUGUUUGUUGAUCUUUUAAGGUCUGGCACCAAUGAGUCGAGCUUUGUGAGAGGGCAGCAGUUGGCCCCGUGUGCUGGAUGUCUGUGACAGAUCCAUGGGCCAGAAGGACCAUGUGGAGGCAGGAGCAGGCCACAUCCUCGACCUGGGGCUGGAUUUGGAGUAUCUCCACGUAGCAGGGGCUGACCGGCAGGCUGGCGGCGCUGACGUGCCCCCCGCUAUGGAGGAGCAGGGGGAGAGCUCCGGCAACUGCAGCACCGCCAGUUCCCCUCCGCCGGAAAACGUUGGGUCUGAUGUAGAGUGCGAGCCGGCGCCGCCUUCCAGCGCCGCCCUCGCUGCCGGCCCUGACCCGGACGGAGGAGAGGGAGGGUCGACUCACAGCAAGAACGCCCACCAGCCACUUUGUCGGACCCAGUGUGUGGACUUAGGCACUGAGGGUCCUCCCGAGCCCCCGUCCGAACUCUCGCCAGAGCUUGAACACGACACCCCUGCCCAGUCCUCACCCAGCACCCCAUGCAAGCACCCACCCGAGCCUCCGUCCGAUCCCUCCACAGCAGAGCCAGCAUCCGAGGCCGGUGGGAAGGAGUACCAGGCUAAGCUGGAGUUCGCCCUGAAGCUGGGCUACUCUGAGGAGACGGUGCGACUGGUGCUGUCCAAGCUCGGCCCUGACACACUCAUCAAUGACAUACUGGGAGAGCUGGUCAAACUGGGCACCAAGUCAGACAGCGAGCAGCCAGCUGGAUCAUUAGCCUCUACCUCAUCUUCUUCGUCCUCCUCUUCCUCUUGUGGCUGUACUGAUUUGCUGGAUGGCCAGAGGUCGGACUCGCCCUGUCCUUCAGACUCUCUGUGUGACCAGGACAACCUGCGGCCCAUUGUGGUGGAUGGUAGCAAUGUAGCCAUGAGCCAUGGCAACAAGGAAGUGUUCUCCUGCCAGGGCAUCCAGCUGGCUGUAGAUUGGUUCAUAGAGCGUGGCCAUCAUGACAUCACGGUGUUUGUGCCUGCGUGGCGGAAAGAGCAGUCCCGCCCCGAUGCCCCUAUAACAGAUCAGGAGAUCUUGCGUCGCCUAGAGAAGGAAAAGAUCCUAGUCUUCACUCCUUCGCGGCGCGUCCAAGGUCGCCGUGUGGUUUGCUAUGACGACCGAUUCAUUGUCAAGCUGGCCUAUGAGUCAGACGGCAUCAUUGUCUCCAACGAUAACUACAGAGAUCUGGCUAAUGAGAAGCCUGAGUGGAAGAAGUUCAUCGAUGAGAGGCUGCUGAUGUAUUCCUUUGUCAAUGACAAGUUCAUGCCCCCAGAUGACCCUCUUGGUCGCCAUGGCCCCAGCUUAGACAACUUCCUGAGGAAAAGACCUAUCAUGCCUGAGCAGAAGAAACAGCCUUGCCCAUAUGGAAAGAAGUGCACUUACGGUCACAAGUGUAAGUACUACCACCCAGAAAGAGGUGCUCAGCCUCAGCGUGCCGUGGCUGAUGAGCUGCGUGCCAGUGCCAAGACCUGUGUCACCACAAAGAACCAGGGGGACACUGGGCUGGUGAAGAGCCACAGUGUGCCAGCUGGCAGCAUCGAGGCGAAAAAAGGCGCUCCAAAAAGGCAGUCGGACCCUAGCAUCCGAGCUCUGUCCUACAGCGAUGCUGAGGAGAAGCUGCUGGCCAAGGGAAGGGCAGAGAGCCAGAAGAGCACUAUGUGUGGCAACAGCAGUAGCAGUAGUUGCAGUGGGAGUAUUACCAUGUCCCCAGCCCCAGGAGGCGGCCCUCCAUCCAGUCUUAGCCUUCACCAGGAACAACAGUCCAGAGCAGCGACCCCUCAUGGUCUACCAGCCCCCAGCCAUGACCUUUACCCUCACUGUGAGUCUCCAGACUUAAGCUACUACUCAGUAACGCGUGCCUACUCUGGCCUGAGCCUCUCCUCCAGGCGGAGCCCAGACUGUCGUUUCCCCAAUGACACAGACCUGCGGCUGGGCUCAAUGGGCUCAGCGGGCUCCGAAUGCGGCAGCGAAAGCAGCGUGAGUUGUGGUAGCAGCUGCGACUCGUACAGCGAGAGGCCGUGUCCCGGAUGCCCCCAAGAUACCUUGCUGGAAGACAGCGUCCAUUUUGCUAAUCCCCACAGCCGGCUGUAUCCCCAUCACGCCGCAUCAAACCAUGAACUUUGUGGCCUUCAUCCUGCCGAUUACACAAACAUCCAACACAGCCACUCGUCUAAUACCGGAAUGCACAGCUACCACCUGAGUGUGGCGCGUGGGCAGAGCUGUGCUCACGAUCAGCCUCCACCAGAGGCUCCCCCAAAGCGCCCUCUCUACCCCUUGCCCCCCCACCUCCAGCACCAACCGCUGGCUGCACGCUCCAGCUGCCCAGGUGACUACCACUCUCUGCCCCAGUCCAACCCUCACCCCCCUGGCUCCCCUCUUGGCCGCUGCCUGGCCCCCACACGAGCAGAGAGUGUGUCAGACUCACAUCUGUACGAACACCACUCUACAUCGCACCAUCACCACCGAACCAAAGCUCUACCCAGCUGGGACACCUACUACAGACAGCCCCCGCUGCCGCCGUCCAGGUAUGAGCCGUCUGCCUAUCAGAGCCUGCCGGACACACGCCAGUCAUCCUGGCACACCCCUCCCUGGGCACAGGACGGCUACACCCAGCACCACUCCUCUCACCCAGCUCUCCACCCAUCCCCGACACAUUAUUUAAACCACCCGCCGCCUCCAGCCCACUCUCCUCACCCGCCUCAUCCCUCCAGCACUGCUCUCCCGCCGUACCCGCCUCACAGCGCCCACCUUUCAGUUCCCUCCCACGCUCCUCCCCCCUCCUACAUGCCGCAGCAUCCAGAAUCCCCCGCACACAGCCGCUACGGGGACGUGAGGGAGAAGGUGUACGUCAACCUGUGCAACAUCUUCCCCUCGGAGCUUGUGAGCCGGGUGAUGGCCAGGAGUCCCCACAUCACAGACCCCCAGCAGCUGGCAGCAGCCAUCCUUGCAGAGAAAGCCCAAACAGGCUACUGAGGAAGGAAGGAAGGAAGGAAGGAAGGAAGGAAAAUGUAAUCUCCCGUUAGAAAACAACAGCAGUUAUGUAGUGUGGGUAGAAAUAGGAAAAUUUGCCUUUGCAACACUUGAAAGCACGUUGGGUUUGCAGGGUGGAAUUUUAAAUACCGGAAUGCUUUUGGAUUGUCUACGAGAAGAGCUUUUUCUUUUCUUAUGACAUUAAUGAGACAAUGCAUAAGUUUCAAGAAUAUAAAAUGCUGAAGAUGAUCCAAAUCCAGCUCCGGUCACUGCGCAGCGACAACUAAAUCAACUCAACUGUAAGAAGUGUGGAGAGAGCGAGUCAUUUGACUUGAAAUCUAUGACUUUGACACAAAGUGCGACUUGUGGUGCCCAGUUAUUCUUUUUUUAUUUAUUUAGUAGCUUAUUAUAUGUUUGUUUCACAUGAAGGACUUGUUACGCAUCAAAUUCAAAAGGCACUUUUUUUUUUUGUUUUACAGUCAAAUCAUAACCUAGUGAGUUGAUAUCACACACAUCAAAUAUGACUGAUAUGAAGGAUUAUUUAAUUAAUAUUGUCAGACAGUGUUUGAUGGAUGGGAUGAAGAAAAUGUCACAGAUGAGUAUUCAAACUUCAUUUCAGAUAUUUCAGAUCUUCUCAGUUUGUUACGUGGCAAAUCCCCAUCUGGUAGUCCAUUAUCACAUGACGGUUCCAAACCACUAUUUGACCGAGGUCUGUGUAUUAUAUUAACCUCUGUGUGUGUUGUGUGGCCAUUUGUGGGGCGUUUUUCCAUGUUGAUAAAAAUGGGUGUCUGAAAGAUUGUCGUCUUAUUUGAGAUGACGUCAGUAUUUUGGUCCGAGUUGUAGCUGUAGAGAUGGGUGACCCUGUCGUGUGUACCUUAGUUUUAGUAAGGGACAUCUCUCUCUCUCUCUCUCUCUCUCUCUCUCUCUCUCUCUCUCUCUCUCUCUCUCUCUCUCUCUCUCUCUCUCUGGCCCUUUAUUUUGGGUCAACUCUGGCAUCUGCUACAGACAGAGAACAUCUGGACAUGGAUAAAUCAAACAUGUAUGUAUUGUAAAUAUAUUUAACAGAUUCCCCUGCUGUGCUUUUGGCUAACAGCGUCUACUGUUGUCUGUAGCAGAUCCCAGCUGAAUCCAUGCUAGACGGAGAAAAACCUUGUUUGAUACAAAUUGUAUCAUUAACUAAGUCGCUGAUGUUAUAUACAGUACAUGGACUUGUUGAUCUGUAUUUAUCACAACACUCUUGAUGUAUUGCUAUAUGAUGAAGUGCAUUGACAACAGUUAUGUUCCAAUCGAGAUGUUCCAACUUUUAAUCUUGUGGAAAUUGCUUUGAGACAAUUAUUUCACAUAUGUUAUGAAACAGAAGGGGUUGUCUGCCUACUAUGUUUAGGUAUCACAACUUCUUUAUCUGCGCUUUUGGGUUUGAAGCUGGCUUAUUUUCUACAGGAGCUCCAGUUAAAUCAUGUGUGAGAAAUAUGCUUUGGUUUAAUGGUUAACUCCCAUUUGAACACAGAAGUGAAGUUUUUUCAUGGUAUGGGGGUCAGUUCAUUUUUUAGCUUCUCUUUUAAGUCAGAAAGUAGAUAUCCUUUAAAGUAACAUAAAAUGUUAAGCCUGAAAUAAUAGAAAAUGAUAUAACUAAUCUAUAAAAUUGAGUGGACAGACCCCAACCAUGUUUUAAUAAGUACAUUUUUAUAUUUGGGUUAGUCCCAUAUCCCAUGGCGGCCAUUUUGAACAUCUGAAACACUACCCAAGCUCUACCUGGAGUAUGUGCAGAUAUAUAAAGCAAUUUUUGCCCUUAACAAAAAGAUGAGGUCUUCAUAGAACCACAAAUCAUCCAGUCAGGAAAAAAAUCUCAAGAUUAAAAACUAAAGCUGCUUAAAUGUAGCAGUGUAGCUAGCUAGCCUGCUAGCUGCUUUCCAGACACAAAUGUUUUAAGUUUCUGUUUUUAUGGAAAAACUUUCUUAAGCCACAGUGCGUUAAAGGGUGCUAACUUGAAAUAAAUUACAUAUAAACAAAGAAAAUAUUUUAAAUUCACGACACUAAAGAAAAAUUCUAACUGCUGAGGCUACCUGAGCACAAGCUAAUGCUAACAUUUCCUUGUAUCAUUACUUACCUCACGUGUUCGACCUCGAUACAUGGCAACACUGGCAGGACGUAGUUUGAUUGUACUCGAUCAGGUAGAGCCCAACCAAAGUGUAACGCAAGUUUAAAAUGGCCGCCAAGGAAUUUAAGUCUACAGAGUGAGCUCGUCAUACAGUUCAUCACAAGCCAGCUACAUAAAGCCCACUGGUUUCUUUCCUUUCCAACGUGUCACAUUGUACAAAUAAUGAAUAAUUGUACAAUAACACGUGCUGUUGAUGAGAGAACCUUUGUGUGUAUUGAAGAAGCGCCUUCUCUCUGGCCUCCUGGCACUGUGUGUCAGUGUGGCACCGGAGCGUGGGCCCAAAGUAAUGCCUCUUCAUGGCAUUGUGCUUAUGACACAUCCAAUACUCUGAACUAUGUUCAGCUAACUGUUAUGCAUGUUUUGAUUUGUUUUGGUUUCUGCAUGUUUCCUUGUGUUUAAUUUGUGUACAUAGCUGUGAUUCUGUCCUGGAUGUUUGUCUUGCCGUUACUGUGACAUGAUGCUAGCUGUUGAGAUGCCUGUACACAAAACUUGUUUUUCUGCUCGUUAAUGUUUUCUUGCAUCAGUUAGUGUUGAUUUCAGUGCACCUUCCUUUGACAUUCAAUAUAAAGUCAAGUGGGAGUGCUAUUUGGUUUUCUAUAAGGUUGACAUUUACUCUAAAAUGAUCAGGAAGCAUGUUUUGGAACGCAUCCCACUUUUCUCCAGCAUUGUUUGCUUUGGAAGUGCACUCGGCCAUAGAUAGUGAUAAUGGAAACCAUCAUCAGUUAUGAUAAAUUUACUUCUGUGCUGUAGAUAUUACAAUGCUAUACAGGCCAGUACACUCUGUUUGAAAAUAUAUUUACAUUUUGCCAGUAGAAUACACAGUGUAACUAAUUGAUUAUUGUAACAUCACCUGUAACUGUUGUUGUUCAUUAAAGAGAGUACUGCUAUGAAA